AUGGGCGUCGUUACCAAUGGCAACCACAAUGUCUCCACGGAUACCCCAGACAUCCUCACUCUUGCGCUGGACAUCGUAAGCCAUGCCGCUAAUAUCAAAGCUUUACUGGGCUCACAGAAUCUGCCUGCUCCAAAUUUCUUGGCGGGCUCGCCUGAGUUACCUGACACGCCUGAAUAUGCUGGUCUCCGCAGCAAACUGGUGGCCUCACUUGAGGAUCUCCGCCUGCUGGUCGUCGGCCCACGGACCACGAUGCGCGGCCUGAUGGGCUCAAGUAAUGAUCUUGCCGCACUCCAGGUCGCCUUUGAGUUUGAUUUCUUCAAGACUGUGCCCGUUGGAGACGAAAAGGGUAUUGCCGUGGAGGAGAUUGCCCGGAAGGCAGGCAUGGAUGCAGGCCGGGCACUGCAGGUGCUCAGAUUCCUAUGCACCCAUCGCAUCUUCCGGGAGGUCAAGGAUGGCUGGUUCGCCCACACAGCAUGCAGUGCUGCCUUUGGCAAGGACGAAAAUUUGAUAGGGCUAGGACAAUAUUCAAUGGAUGAUAUGUUCAAAUCCGCUUCUUCGACGGCCGACUGCAUCAAGGCAUCCCCUCAAGUCUCUGAUCUCGUCCAUUCGCCAUUUACAACGCGUCUCGGCGCAACCAUGUUUGAUUAUUAUGAUAAGAAUCCAGACAAAGCUGCCCGAUUUGCCAAAGCUAUGGCAGGUGUUACAACUAUCGACCGUAAACCCAACGUUCUGAGUGAUAUAUUCCCGUGGGAUGCCCUUCAGGGCACAGUAGUCGACGUGGGAGGUGGUAGUGGACACGUCUCGCUCGCACUUGCCCGUCGCUUCCCGCACCUCUUCUUCCGUGUCCAGGACAGCGAGAAGAUGCUGGCUGAGGGCCGGCGCGUCCUCAAAGAGGAAGAUCCAGCCGUAGCUAGCCGCAUCGACCUGCAGCAACACGACUUCUUUCAGCCGCAGCACCCAGGCGGUAAAGGCGUUGCGGCAUUUUUCCUUCGCCACGUAUUCCACAACUGGGCCGACGCUGACUCAAUUUCAAUUCUUAGAGCCCUUGUUCCGGGCCUUGAAGCCUCGCCUGCGGGAACACCGAUUCUUAUAAGUGACAGAGUGUUGCCGUGCCUGGAUGAUGGGACACCGCUGCAUGAGGAGCGUGCUAUGCGUCGGCAAGACAUUAUGAUGCUGGUGGGAUUGGGUGCUAAGGAACGCACUUGUGCUGAGUGGGAGGCCUUGUUCCGGUCGGCUGAUGAGAGACUCGAACUGAAGAAGGUACACGGCCAAGGACAGACGGCGUUAUUGGAAGUUGUUUUGAGGAAGUGA